UUCCAGCUGUUUUUGCCGUGACAAUCUUGAGCUCUGGGCUGGAGCAGUUGAGCAGGUUGAGCUUACCAUAACAUCGAACUCCGCAACACGAUUUCAAUUUUCUAAAACUUUGUCAUGGUGAACAGGUUGUUAUUAUUAUGUUUGUCAAUAUUGUUAACUUCUAAACUUUCCAUUACCGUUCAAGAUAAGUGUGGUAUUUAAAUAAAAAUUGAAUUUUCUCUUUGAAGUGAUUUAAUACGCUGAGAACUAACAAGUUAUAUUCCUUUGAAAUCGUCGUUAUUGACAUCAUGCCCCCAAUACCACUGCAAUUAGUGGUUCAUUUUUAUUGUGAAAUUUGUCUUUGAUCUCAAAGUGUCGUAGAAGUGCUAUUCAACAUGCUCACAUUGGUCAGUGACUGGAUCUAUUACAUCAAGAACUUUCUAGUUGAAUACAUAGAUGUCGACUUUACCCUAUGGCUGACAUGGUUGUUAGCACCUCUUCUAAUAACAUUCCUUUUGCCGCUUGUCAUAGUUCUUCUGCUAUACCUAACAGCCAGUAUUAUGUACAUCUAUAAGUUUCAUAGAGAUCGUCUACAUCACGCAUACGAAGUUGAUAUAUGGCACGGGGCACGCAAGACAUGUGCGGCCAUAUGGGAUGCACAUGGGUGGAUAUGGCAUGGUUAUGACGUUGAAGGCUUGGAAAACGUUCCAACUGACACUCCAGCCCUGCUAGUGUAUUAUCAUGGUGCAAUACCGAUUGAUCUUUAUUACGUGAUAUCAAGAAUAUAUUUGAUCAAAAAUAGAUUAGUACACACUGUUGCUGACAGAUUCCUAUUUAGAAUACCUGGUUUUGGUAUAAUAUCAGAAGUAAUGAAAGUUAUACCGGGAACUGUUCAAACCUGUUCGACGGUUUUAAAAGAAAAUAAUCUGUUAGCCAUAUCACCCGGAGGUGUUUACGAGGCCCAGUUUGGCGAUUCUUAUUAUUCGUUGAUGUGGAAAAAGCGCUUGGGUUUCGCCAAGGUAGCAUUAGAUGCAAAAGUGCCUAUUAUACCAAUCUUCACAGAGAAUGUACGGGAAGCAUUUCGAUCGAUUGGGAUUGGGAAGCGGUUUUGGCUGAAACUUUACUUAUGGAUCCGCUUCCCUUUUGUACCGAUCUAUGGCGGGUUUCCUGUUAAACUGACCACUCACAUCGGCUUGCCUAUUCCAUAUGACGCUAGCCUUUCUCCUGAGGAGCUGCAACUGAAGGUGGCAGCGGCGAUGCAGGACUUGAUUGCAACACAUCAAAGGAUACCAGGAUCGAUCCUUAAAGGACUCAUGCAAAGGUGUUUCACUUAUCCAAAACCUUACAAGGCGAAAUGAUGAUGGAAAGUUGUUUAAAUCUUCACCGAUCAACUACAGUGACUAUAGAGAACAGUAAGGUCAUCAGUCGCUAUUUUUGGGGAAAUCGACUUCGAUAAUACUAAGGUUUACAUGAGAUCAGAGGCUUAUUAUUUAGAUUUCAAUUUUAUUAUUUUCACUUCAAAAAGAUAAAACAAUAAAAAAUUCAUAUUUGGUCUCGGUGCUAUUUUAUAAACUAUUGUAAAUUUUGAAAAUGGUGGCCGGUGACCUCACUGUCAUCAUAGAGAAAAUAUAGCAUGAGAUGAUAGAUAAAAUAACCUAUUCUAUCUUUUCUCUAUACUGUCAUAUAAUCACUGAUCUUGGCGCUACUUUCGUAACAACCUUACAGCAUUGAGGUGAGCCUUUAUGUGAUAAUGCAGUAAAUACUAUCUGUAUAAUUUGAUUAUGAAGUAAUUUAAUCUGCAUAAUCACAGUCGCCAAUAGUAAUUUAGAAGGUUAGCUACUCGAAAGUUCACAGUCUACAACGUACGAUUGUAGGAGUGUAAUCACCAAACUUGUUUGAACAUGUAGGGAAUUCCAAUUCGGGCUGAAAUCCAUUGUAUGUGCAAUCAAAUUAAAAGUCACUUUACUUUUUUAUCUGUCAGAUCUCUAAUAUUCCUGUUGUUGAAACAAGGAAAAUUUUCAUUUGUGGAGAAAUUAUCACAAUCGUAAGUAGUUAAAUAUCAUACGACCUCAUACCAUGUAAUGACAGAAAGUUUACGUAUUAUUUUUUGUUUUAUUUGUUGACUGUAUGUUUUAACAUGCUGACUUGUCCCAGUCUUCUUUUACAGUUUUUGGGAUGUUAUUUCAUUAGUUAUGUAUGCACUUUGUUAAUCACUAAAAAAUAGAUAUGACAUGGAAAUCAAAAUUAAUAAUAAUUGUUUUGCAUAAUUUAAAAUGUAAAAAUCUGAAGAUUUAUGUACAUCACUACUUGAUAAUGAUGAACAUCAUUUUUGCAAGUAAUGUGGCCAUUUUUUCAUAGAUUGUUUAUCAAUUGUGCAUUUUUAUUUUAAGGUUCAUUUGUCAGUUUCAUUCUUUCUUUCUUGGAACUUUUCAAACGCACAAAGCAUUGCACCCAAUACUAGAAACAUCCUAAUUCAAUUUCGAGUAUCUACAACUAUAAUGAAUUUCAAAAUAAGCAAAAACAAAUAAAAAUUUGAUGAACGUCUCAACUCAGCUAGACAUAGAACAGUAAAAUAAAUCAGCGAUUUUAACAAUCUAUAAUCUAUAUUGACAUAUUUCAAACCUUGAAAGUUCAAUAACAAAAUUAUUUGAUUAAUCUUGACACUCACUCACUUCUCAAAAUAUCAACGACGUCGACGUUCCACAGCUGGAAUGUCUACCUUCAAAGUAUACCUUCAUACCUUCAAAUUUGUUCGUAGGAUCACCGUUUUUUGCUACCCAUUUAAAUUCUUUGACUCCAAGUAACAAAGAAUUUUGAACUCCAGUAUUAAAUUCUCAGUGGUCAAGUGGAUAGAGUGCUUGCGUAGCAGCUCAGAGAUCCUGGGCUCAAACCCUCUCAUUACCAAAAGUUUUUUAACCAGAUCACUCCCGUGUUAUCGGAUGGGCACGUUAAUUGUCGGUACCGGCUGAAGUAUGACAGUCUUAAGGUCCAUUGACGGCUUAAAUUAUAUAUUCAAGUGGUUGGACCUUCCCACAAGGGACUCCCCACCAACAAAAGCCAUACGAAUUUACUUUAAUUUUCAUGCUUUGAAAUGAUCAAUUAUCUCGCUUAAGCGCUUAAAGCAUUCAGUUCACAUAUUACCUCUGUAUCAAAACACACUUCAUAAAAAUUAUAUUUUCUAAUGUCAACAAUACAGGAUCUCAUGCAAUUUUUUUUUCCAUAAUUUGAAACCUACCAAUUAUCAUGUACUCAGUACCAACUGCAAAAGCAAUAGUAGGUUUCGUGGCAACAACGAUUUUUUCAUUUAGUAUAUAUUUUUAAUAUAUCUUACCAUUGUAAUCGAACAAGAUAUUGUUAGAAUUAAGAUUUGUUUUAAAAUAAUUGAGUACAAAAUUUCCCUGUUGUUGACUGUAGAUUUGAAUGCCUAACAGUGAGGCAUUUGAUAAGACUGCGUUUUCCUAUAUGUUGUGCAAAUUAUUUAUUUAUUUCGUAAGGUUAUGCUCAAAACAAACAUUAUGUUAAAACAUUCUUUUCAAAAUAAUAUAUUAUAUACAUUCCCUAAGUAAUAAUCACAGGUCGUAUUAGUAUUGUUUAUUUUAACUUUAUUGUGAUACAUUACAAACUUAAGUGUUAUUGAUCCUUAAAUUACCGGCAGUAUUUAAAUACGUACUUUACAGUUGAUUAAUUAUGAUAAUUUAAGAUUUGUGUCAUCAAGGAAUAAAAAAACUUCAAUUCGAAUCAUCUUAGGUACGGUUUCUAGGACACUUAUUAAUUCCAAUAUACCAUUAAACACAUUUAUGUAAUACAGAUUCAAUGGUUCAAUAGAUUUAAUAAGUGUCGCUAGUGUAUGCAAUCUAUGUCUCUGCAGUAUUUCUUACUCUCGAAAUAAAAAUGUAUAAUUCUACUAUAGUGACAGUUGCUAUUGAGUUUUAAUUUGUCUGUAGUGGUCUAGCAGAUGAGUCGUGGUAUAGACCUUUGAUAAACUAAUUUUGACACAGUAGUCAUCCCACAUUUCAUUUCUCACUCACAAUAGUAUAAAAAAUAUAUUGAAUUUAUACUUUUACAGUAGGUUAUAUUAAAGUAAUUUUAUAUUCUAACCACCUCUUUAUUGCUAGAAAUACCUUUCUCGUUGAGAGUCAACAAUGAGAAAUAAUGGUUUUAUUUUUUCAGUUUAUCUGUGGCCAGUUUAUAUUUAAUUUGAAUAAAUUUAUUCAUUUGUCACAAGGGUCAUGCCUUAUAGAAAAAGUUCAUAAAUAUAUGAAUUACAACAAAAUCUAGUACAAAACCAAAAACAGAAUUACAGAUUCAUAACAUUCCCAUAAUAAAUCAAAUCAAUUAGUUUUAUUAUUUGUUCUUGAGCAAGUACCCAUCAGGCAACACAUAUUAUAUAGCUUAGCCCAGGAAUAAAACCAUGCAGAUUCAUCAGUUUUAAUUAUUAUGGCAAAGAAUAGCAUAUCCUUUCCUACUUAGUGAGUCCACAGUGUAUGAAUAAAAAUAUUAACGAUAAGUCGCAAUGUACCAUUCUCUAAUAUCUUGAUAUACUGCACAAUUCAAUAGAAAAUGGUGUAAUGAUUCUUUUUUAGUGUUGCAAGAUGGGCAGGCUUUAUUAAUGUCAAGAGAAUAGAUAAUUUUACAGAUCUUGAGAGAUCGCACUCCCAUUAAGAAAGAUAUUGCUUCAGGUUGAUUGUAUUUUUUUUUCAUAUUUUUCAUAUUAGCUGGUAAACGAAAUCGAGUUUUUCCAAACCAAUAUAAUUCGGAUCCGAACUCAGCAAUAAUUUAUUAUACAAAUAUAAUACAUUUACAACAGCAUUUUGUUAACAUUAUCAAUAAACUCAGACGUUUUAAUCAACUGUAACUAUUCAUAGUCACAAAAUAAUUGUAACUACUGCUGUGUAUAUGGGACAUAGCCAUAGAAAUUCUCUCAAGUAUAUUUAAGUUGUAUUUGUACACGUUUGGUAGAAUUGUAUGAACUGUAUUCUAAUACCAGAGUAUAGUUUUAAUACUCUAAUUCUCUAAAUUGCAAAAUGCUAUGACAAUGACUGAUUUAUAAGCUUCAGAAAGCGGCUGUAUGACUAUUUAAGUGAUAUGAAGGAAUAAUAAUAUUUAUGAAAAUGGAUAUCAUUCCAAAAAAGUGCUCGUCUAGGAUAUGGAACUCCAAAAUAAAUAAAUAUAUAUAUAUAUAAUAUAUAAAUAUAUAUUGUUAGACUUUUAUUAAUUGAUAUGGUAUUGUACGUUUAUAUGUUUAUACAACAUGUAUUAUUGUUUUUAUAUGUGAAUGUCUUUAAAAUAAGAAAGUAUUACCUACA